CGGGGCGGGCGGCCCCGCUCCCACUCCGCCAUGAGCUGCUCGGCGGACGCCGUGAAGGAGAAGCUGCUGUGGAACGUGAAGAAGGAGGUGAAGCAGAUCAUGGAAGAGGCUGUCACCAGGAAGUUUGUCCAUGAGGACAGCAGUCACAUCAUCGCCUUGUGUGGUGUGGUGGAAGCCUGUCUGCUGCACAUGCUGAAGCGCAGGGCUGCCGGCUUCCUGCGGACUGACAAAGUGGCUGCACUCUUCACCAAAGUGGGCAAGACCUACCCAGUAGCUGGAGACAUAUGCAAGAAGGUGCAGGAGCUGCAGCAGCAGGUAGAAAGCAGGAAAAACCAGCCCAAUGGGCAGGAGCCCCUCAAGAGGCAGGGAUCAACCACGAGCAAGAGCCCUGUGCUGUCACCUCAGGCCAUCAAACACAUCUGGGUGCGGACGGCGCUGAUCGAGAAGGUGCUGGACAAGGUCGUGCAGUACAUUGUGGAUAACUGCAGUAAAUAUUAUGAAAAAGAAGCUUUACUGGCAGAUCCUGUUUGUGGCCCAAUACUGGCUUCUCUUCUAGUUGGACCAUGUGCUCUGGAGUACACCAAGCUGAAAACAGCAGAUCACUACUGGACAGACCCUUCUGCAGACGAGCUGGUCCAGCGACACCGCAUCCAUGGGGUGCACGGCCGCCAGGACUCCCCCUCCAAGCGCCCGGCCCUGGGAAUCCGGAAGCGCCACUCCAGCGGCAGCACCUCGGAAGAUCGCUUCUCAGCCUCAGCCAGGGAGUAUGUGGAGUCCUUGCACCAGAACUCCAGGACACACCUCCUGUACGGCAAGAACAACGUCCUGGUGCAGCCUAAAGAUGACCUGGAGGCAAUCCCUGGCUAUCUCUCCCUUCAUCAGUCAGCAGAUAGCUUGACACUGAAAUGGACUCCAAAUCAGCUGAUGAAUGGAACCCUUGGGGACACAGAGCUGGAGAAAAGUGUUUACUGGGACUACGCUUUGGUCGUGCCUCUGAGCCAGAUCGUCUGCAUUCACUGCCAUCAGCAACCAGAAGGCAGAUGGACUCUGGUUUUGGUGAGUCAGGAUGGAACUCAGAGACCUCCACUGCACUUCCCCCAAGGAGGUCACCUCCUCGCCUUCCUUUCCUGUCUGGAAAAUGGGCUCCUGCCUCGUGGUCAGCUGGAGCCACCACUUUGGUCCCAACAGGGCAAGGGGAAGGUGUUCCCAAAGCUUCGGAAACGGAACAGCAACAGAUCUGUGGACCUGGAGGAAAUGCCAGCUGAGGACACCUCCACAGACUAUGUGUUCAGAAUUAUCUAUCCAGGACACAAGCAUGAGAACAUAACUAUUAACUACCACCACUUAGCUGCCAGCCGCUCUACCUCUGUUGACGAUGAUGAGGAGGAGGAAGAUAAGCUUCACGCAAUGCUAUCAAUGAUCUGCUCUCGGAACCUCACAGCUCCUAAUAGGAUGAAAGACACCAGUGAGAUGAUAGAGAUGCAAGGCUUUGGGGCAAACUUGCUCUCCUGGCAGCUGGAGCACUGCAGCCAAGGCUCCUCCUGUGUCUCCUGUUCCACGGGCAGCUCUCCCUACGACAUCCCCAGCUGCUGCAACUGCAUCCACGACAGAGCUCCUCUGAAGAUGCUGUGUGACAGCAUGAAGAAACAAAUCGUUUCCAGAGCCUUUUAUGGAUGGCUCGCCUACUGCCGCCACCUCUCCACGGUGCGCACACAUCUCUCUGCCCUGGUGAACCACACCAUUGUGCCCCCUGACAAACCCUCCAGUGCUGCAGGAGGCCUGACCAAAGAGGUCUGGAGCAAGUAUCAGAAGGACAAGAAGAACUACAAGGAGCUGGAGCUGCUGAGGAGAGUCUACUACGGCGGGGUGCAGCACGAGAUCCGGAAGGAGGUGUGGCCCUUCUUGCUGGGUCACUACAAGUUUGGCAUGGCCAAAAAGGAAAUGGACCAGGUGGAUGAGGACAUUGCCCUGCGCUAUCAGAAGGUGAUGGCCGAGUGGAAAGCCUGCGAGGUGAUCGUGAAGCAGCGCGAGAAGGACUCGCACUCCGCCACGCUGGCCAAGUUCUCCUCGGGCAGCAGCAUCGACAGCCACGUCCAGCGCCUCAUCCACAGGGACUCCACCAUCAGCAAUGAUGUCUUCAUCUCUGUAGAUGAGAUGGACUCCAAAGCUCAGGAUGACCCCGGUUUCACCGCGGUGGCUGCCGAGGCACCACCAGCAGUGGCUGCCCUAGAGCAGCAGCCUGUGGAGUUUGACUCCCCCGACUCGGGGCUGCCCUCCUCCCGGAACUACUCCGUGGCCUCGGGCAUCCUCUCCAGCAUCGACGAUGGGCAGAGCGGCUCCUUUGAAGACGGGGCCGAAGAAGAAGCUGGCACGGGGCUGGAAAGGACUGAUCCAGACACACCACGUGUGCAGAAAGCCAAGCCAGCCGUGCUGCAGUCUCAGGGCUCUGGCUGCGAGGAGCAGCUGUGUUCCCAGGUGGAUUAUUUGGUGGAUGUUGCUUCUGUCUGCGCCGCAUCCUACACGAUAGAGUUAUUGGACACUGUUGCCUUAAAUUUGCACAGAAUUGAUAAGGAUGUCCAGAGGUGUGACAGGAACUAUUGGUAUUUCACUGCUGAUAACCUGGAGAAGCUGCGAAACGUCAUGUGCAGCUAUGUUUGGGAGCACCUGGAAGUUGGUUAUGUCCAAGGCAUGUGUGACCUCCUGGCUCCUCUGAUGGUUAUACUUGACAAUGAUCAGCUGGCUUACAGCUGCUUCAGCCACCUGAUGAAGAGGAUGAGCCAGAACUUCCCCAAUGGAGGUGCUAUGGACACACACUUUGCCAACAUGAGGUCCCUGAUCCAGAUUCUGGACUCAGAGCUUUUUGAGCUGAUGCACCAGAAUGGAGACUACACUCACUUCUACUUCUGCUACCGCUGGUUCCUGCUGGACUUCAAGAGAGAGUUGUUGUACGAGGAUGUAUUUACAGUGUGGGAAGUUAUUUGGGCAGCAAAGCACAUCUCUUCAGAACAUUUUGUCCUUUUCAUUGCCUUAGCACUUGUGGAGGUUUAUCGAGAGAUUAUCCGUGAUAACAACAUGGACUUCACUGAUAUCAUCAAGUUCUUUAAUGAAAUGGCAGAGCAUCAUGAUGCUGAGGAAAUCCUGAGGAUAGCAAGAGACCUUGUCUACAAAGUGCAGACCCUGAUUGAAAACAAGUGAUGCUGAGCAGCCUGCCCCUGGGGGCCUCACUGCACACUGCUGGAUGGAGCACUCCUUGCACUGGAACAGCAACUCCAGACUGCUGUUCUGAUUGCAUCUUCCAUGUAAUAAAUAGCAGAGAGAUUUGUAACAGACUUUUAAAAGCAGAACUUUUCCUUCCCCAGAUGAGGUUUGUGUUUGAUAGUCCUUGUUACCCUCACUUUGUACUUCUAGACACAACCUUUUUGCAUUCUCUUACUUCCCUCUCCAGAAGAUGUCCAGCUGUGGAUUUGAGAUGCUAAAAAGGGAGGAUCUGACACACCAGGACCUUUCUGGUUUGACUUAACUGCACCUUUAGAGCCUGGAUGCACCUCUGCCAGAGCCUUCCUUGGAUCCAGUAGCUGCAGUGGUGGGAGCACUGAACUGGGUGCUGGGAGGAGCUUUUCAUGGACCUGGUGCCUAUGCCUUGAACAGUGGGGAGAGAGUCCCUGAGCACCUGUGGCUAAAACACCUGCAUUCAGCAGAGGGUUUAGUGACAAACUAACCACAGUUACCAGCUGGGAGAGUGGCCUUAAACUGGCUGCUGGAUCCAUGGCUCCCUGGCAUGGUUAAUAGGAGCAGUGAAGGCCUGGCAGCAUCAGCUGAAAUCAUCAGUUGGCCUUUGCUGCCCAGCUCCUGCUCUUGAGCCCUCACAGCCUGCCCCUGCCACAGCCAAGCCUCCAGGUCACUCUGCAAACCUGCUCUGGGAAUGCUCCCAGGUGCUGCAAGACCUGCCCCAGGGCAGCAGCUUUAGCACACACGAACAGGUCCCCUGCUCCUGCUGGAGCUCCCACCCUUGCUGUCUGUGCAGGAGCCAAGGCUCCUGCAGCUUACUCACCCCCACACCACUGCCUGCCUCCUCCUCACUCUGCAGAGCUUCCCAGGAGGCCUUUCCUGGGGCUCCUGCAAACACAAACCAGGAGCUCCCAGCUCCUGCCAGCUGAAGCAGUUGGCAUUGUGGCACAGGAUCCAAUCCCUGCUGCUGCAGCACUCUGCUGCUUUGUAGAGCCCUCCACCUGCCCAGGUUCUGGGGCACCUCCUCCUCCUGCUUGGCCACCUCCUUCCACUAGCAGCAUCCCACUCACCCCAUCCUGCAGAGAGCACUGAGGGUGAACCCUGCAGGCAGGCUGGUGGCUGUUGGAGCACCUGGCUGCAGGACUUUGCUGCUUCCAUGGCUACCUGUGCCCUGUGCCCCUGGAUCAGCCAGGGACUCAGUGUAAGCACUCCAAGGAUUCCAAAGCAUUCCAAAACACCCAACCCAACCCUCAGUGAUCCAACAACAAAGACAUUAACUGCCCCUGAAUGGGGCUUGGUUUGGGUUGAGCCUUCAGAGCAGACUUGCAGCUUAGUUUUCACUGACCCCUGCAGAGGGCACAGCUCCUCUGUACUUUGCAUAGACUGCUUUGGGUUGGAAGGGACCUUUAAAGCUCCAACCCCUCUGCAGGGAGCAGGUUGCUCAGAGAGGGUCACCUGGCUGAGCUCAGCUCCCAUCACCUUCUGCAGUCAGGUGUUCAGCAAUGAGAGGUGCAGGGAAUGGAAUGAUUCUGUUGGGAGGCUCAGCUCCUGCCAGGAGGUUCCUACCUCAGUGGCUCUGCUCU